UUCAAUAUAAUUAAUAACUAUUAACAAAGGAUUCAUUAUGAAGCUGUUGGCAGUUGUUGUAUUAGGAUUCGUAGCCAUAGCUGGCUCUGACGCUCAUCAUUCACACCAUGGAAGUUCUCAUCGUCAUGUUGAAAAUAACGACCAAAGAAGCGACCAUUAUGGACAACACGAUACUGAUUUUGAUUUGACCCAAAACAGCCAAAAUCAAGAACAGAAUAAUCAAGAGCUCAUGAGUGAUCAGAACAAUAACCAAUACAGGUCUUAUAAGUGGUCUUUGAACAGUCAUAAUCAACAAAUCAACCAAGAUCAGAAUGAUCAAAACACUGAGUAUAACUGGGAAAUUCAAUUCCCACGUCAUUUAAACAAUAAGAACGGUAAUAACAUGCAGGCCGGAGAAAACAGCCAAGAACAAAACGUAAUGGGAAACAAAAGAAUGUCAAUGGAUUCUUUCAACCAACAGGAUAGCGAAGAACAUCACCAACAACAUAUAAACAACCAACACUUGAAUUUAAAUCACGGAUCGUCACUUAACUUUGACUCGGGCUCCACCUCGUCUCAAGAGUUGAACUCCCAAGAGGAUUACACCAAGGAACAAAACAAUGGUGACAUUGCAGACGAUAUUGGACGCAAGGUCGCACUGAAAAUGGUAAAAUUGGUCAGCAUCGUUGAUAAAUACACUGCUCGUACUGGAGUCGUUCGAACCAACCAAGCACAAGAACCACUCGCCUUAAGACAAUGGGCUCUGCCAACGGAACGUCAUCAAUUCUUAAAUAUGAACGAUAGCAAAGUUAACGGUCUCAGUCAAGGUAUCAUUAGCGCAAUGUACGUCAACACCGAAAAUAACUGUGUGAAUUUGGAAUAUUUCUUCAAAAAAUUGUUAGUGAAAGGUUACCUGAAGGCCAGUAUGGGACAGAAAGGAUUAUUCGACUUGCAUAUUACCAACUCUAAUAUGAGUGUAUCGACUGUUUUGGGAAACCAUAACCGCAACUACGCCCACUCUCAAAGCGAAAAUGUUGAAUUCAGCGCCCAAAACUUCCAGGACUCUUCUGACAACCAAUCGGUCCACGACAACAUUAAAAGCAAAUACGUACAGUUUAUAAACAGAGCCAUUGAAAAUGAAAUGAUCGAUAACUCCUACAAUGGUUUAAUUGGAUGUUUAAGAUCUGAAAUUGAAUCUACCUUCGACACGACCCCAAAUAGUCAGUCUGACAUGGUCGUCAAAAACAAGAGAUCUCACCUCACAGUAACUCUCAAAAGAUCCCUAACAUGGUUGGACGAUUCUUCCAACGCACAACGGAAAAUCCAGUACGUCGUUUUCCGUCAAAACAAAUCCGGAAAUGGAUACAAAUUAAAGGUGAAGGUUGUGUUGGCUAAACAUCCCUCAUGGAACUCUGAUGUUAUUGCUAAUGAUUCAUACCAACAAAUUAACGUGAAGAACGUACAUUUCUUCGCCAAAAAGAUUGUCGCCACCGCUGUCAUGGAACGCGUCACAUUGCAAAAUGGUGAAUACAAAUUCAAUGUAGAAGAUGCCAACAUCGACAUGGAAGGGUUUAAAUAUGAUCUUGGAAAGUUCAACCAAGUCGGAGAUACAAACCAAAGGCUAUCCCUUGAAGUUGGACAAAAUCUUCAGAAAAUCAUUGAAAAUGGUAUGAGCGCCGCUUUAAAACACCAGUUGUAUCAACAACAACAGAUGUGUCAGCAAAACUCAAAUGACUGCGUCAAAUGCAACCAAUAAAACCAACAAAGUUAAAAAAUAAAAAUAAUGAACUUUGAAAAAUAUUAAAAUAAAACCCCUUUAAAGUAUAUGAUUUUUAUGCCUAUAUUCUGUAUAUGUUAAAUAGUAAUAUCAUUAGAAAAUAUCUAUAAAAAAUGUA